AUGGGGUUUGAAGAGUUCGAAUCCAUUUUCGGCGAACCGAGAGCAGAAUGGGGCAAGAGCUCCGACCUCGGCCGUUCCGCUCCCCUCCGGAGAUUCUUGAUGCAUGUGUUUGCUCCAGACUACUAUCACCUUAAGAUUCAAGCAACCGAUUACAACUCCAACACUUUUGAAGCGAACAAGUCCAUUUCGCAGCUGGAAGACUUGCAAGAUAGCAUUGGAAUUGGUGGCUCGUGGUCUGAGUUUGUGGACUACUUUGUAUCUUCACUUAAAUCUGAAGAGAUCAAGCUUGUGCUGGAGAAGCAAUCGGGUGGUGAUGGUGCUGCAUCUGCAAGAUUGGUUUCUCAGAAAACAAAAGGAAUGCCUUUGAUCUCCAUUUCUCUCAGGAGGGUUUUGGACGGUGAUGCAAAUGAUGUCAUGGCAGCUAUCUCUUUUGGGCUCUUCAAGGCACUCAAGUGUUCACCAAAGAUGGUGGCACAAGGGGUAGAGUAUUCUUCGCAGUUGAUGGAAGCAGAUAAGAUAAGCAACCUGCUCGAGCGACUGGAACACCAAAGAAAGCCAUCAAUCGCGUCGUUCCAGCACAUCGCAGGCGAUGCUGAAGAUGACGAUGCAGAAAGUUGA